UCUGUGGAGUGUGGACUGUGACAGAGUGAAAGGUCGACAAAAUGUGGUGUAUGUAGAUGUGGAACAUUUAACAUUGGUAGCAAUUCAAUGUUGCCUGAAAAUACCUGAUGAAAUUAUUUUAAUGACAAUCUCUUCCACGAAGUAAAUACAGAUAAGGAGUUUUUUUAACUUGCUGGACGCGCACGUUUAAAGGUCCUUUAAGAUGCAGUUCAUGUUGCUAUUUAGCCGCCAAGGAAAGCUGAGACUGCAGAAAUGGUAUGUUGCUCACCCUGACAAAGUAAAGAAGAAGAUCACACGAGAGUUAAUAACCACAAUUUUGGCAAGAAAACCAAAAAUGAGCAGCUUUCUUGAAUGGAAGGAUGUAAAAGUUGUGUACAAAAGGUAUGCAAGUUUGUACUUUUGCUGUGCUAUUGAACAAAAGGAUAAUGAACUGCUGACACUGGAAAUCAUUCAUCGUUAUGUUGAGCUGUUGGAUAAAUAUUUUGGAAGUGUUUGUGAACUGGAUAUCAUAUUCAACUUCGAGAAGGCAUACUUCAUUCUUGAUGAGUUAUUAUUGGGUGGUGAAAUUCAGGAAACGAGUAAAAAGAAUGUACUGAAAGCAAUUGCUGCCCAGGAUCUGCUGCAAGAGGAUGAAGCAGUGGAAGGGGCUCUGAGGGAGAUAGGGCUUCUGUAGUGGCUGGUGCACCCAAAGUACAAACCUUCAGACACAUGGACAGCAACAGCUGAGCUGGCUUCUAGUCUUCUGCUGCAUGUUGUUCACACCAGAACUGUUAUUUUUUAAAUAUUUUGGAACCUAAGAAGUAAAUUUAUUGGUGAAGAUAGUUGUUCAUUGUUUGACUACUGUGAAGCAAAUACACAUUUCAAAUUGUGAUUUAAAUUUGAUACUUGUGUGUGUUACAACAAGAGUUAAUAUGAGGAUAAGAGAAAAACCUCGUAUAUUGUGUUUCCAGGCUAAUAUGCAAUAAUUCUGGUUAUAGAGAGUAGAUUUUUAUAGAGAUUUUUACAGAGUUCAGAACUCAGUAUGUGCACGAAUUUAUAUUGCUGUAUUGUAAUCAGCGGAAAAAAAAGCUUCCAGCUAUUCCUUAAAUUAUGUAAUUUAAAAAUACGUUAUUAAGAAUAAUUGUACAAAAUUUUUGAGAAAAGUCUAUCCUCCAACAAACUGAAUGGAAUAGUAGAUUUGUGACUGACAUAGUAUAAGCACAAGAAUCAAGAUUAGCAAAACUGUCAGAUUUUACCUCCUUGGUACAUAGCAAUAAUACUUAGUGUGUUAAUGAACUGCAAUACUGAAAUUAUAUUUUUCCAUGAAAUUAAUUUUGUUAGCAUUAGCAUUCUGUGUGAAAUAAUUCAAAUUUGUAAUGUGGAAGCUAGAAGCAUAUUGUGACACAUUAUUGAAUAGUACAUAGUGACCUCAUUCUUGGUGUUCGUGAAACUUGAAGUAUGUCAUUGGCACAGCAGGAUACAAACGUAUUCCAGUUUCCACAUGUUGUUUCCAAACCUACUUCAUAAACGCAAAGUUCUCUACAAAUAUAAAAACAAAACUUCAAGGAGCAAAAUAUUUUCUAAAUCUGUUGUCCUGAGAUCUUUUCAGAAACAAAAUGUGGCUAGGAAGAAAUAAGUGAAAGCUUAAAAGUAUGAAUAAAAGCCAAGGAGUAGUCUCUAUUCACUCUGAAUGAAAACAGCAGUCAGGAAAGAAAAAGUGAAAACAUAGAGCAGUGAGCAUCCCUUUCAGACACACACAAAUUACAAAAACGACAUAGUGUCAUUGUUGGGAUAAGAAAGCACUUAGAGCACAUUUGAUGUGACACUAAUACCUAUAGAAGAUAACAUUAGUUAAUUCUCUGUGAUAGAUCACUUAUGUACCUCCCACACUCUAUUUCCUCUCCAUUGCAGUGAGUGAGAAAAAAAAUGUUUUUGUACCCCUAUCAGUCCAACAUAUUUGUUACUACACAAUGUCUAGUGUGCGUUGCAGCUUGAUCUUUGUUGAUAUCAGUUGGGUGUUAAACUCUGAUCACCUUAAAUCUUUAUUUUCAUUCAUACCUGAGUAGAAAGUGCCUUUCAAUGGUGGCAGAUUGAGGCUGUGUAGACAAUGAUGGAGAAAAACAAAGAUGUAAUUGACAUUUGAAAAUAACCUAUUGAUAAAAUUCUUAGAAUAUGAGAGCAUGAUAACGUUAUGAAGUUGUACAGAGACUCAGUCAUUGAAUUUCAUCUGGUAAUAUGGUGACAUAACCGGGAAAUGUUUAAAAAAACAACUCCCAAGUGUUGAAGCCUGAUUUCAUAUAAAUACAUAUCUACUUCAACAUCUGGGACUUAGAGGAAAAUGAAGUUAUUGUUUCACUAGUCAGUCUGAAGAGAGAAAUACUUGAAAGAUUAUGAAAAAAUUUUAAAUAUCAUAUUUGUGGAAUUCACCAGUAAUUGAAAUACCCCAAACAUUGCUUCUCACUGAUAAAGCACCAUCUGCUAAUAUGUUGCUGUUUUCCUACAUUGAUCUCUUUCUACUGUUUCUAUGAAUAAUUUUUAUCAGGUUUUGUGUCAUUGUUCUUAUUGUUUCCAUCUACCAAGGAAAAUUUUUGAUUUUGAGAGAUCAGAAUUGAGCAUGCAUUUCCUGGUGUCAGUCAGAUGGGUAAUGAUUUUUAAUAAAGGUGAACAUCAUGUCUUAUUCAUUGAAAUGUCUUUUUAAAACUUUCAUUUGGACUUAGGUUAAGGUUAUGGUCUUGUUUUGGUGUUGUUGCUGUUCGCUUUGAUUAGUGGUUGCUGUGCCAUUGACAAAAAUCUCCGUACUGUAACAACUUCCUCCACUUAUUCCUGUUAUUGGAUUGAAUGAUCUUCCAGCUGUAAAAUUUGCUAUAUGAAAAAUUAAAUCAUGAAGAUAAUUUAGAAACAUUUAUAUAGAAGUAUGUAUUGUGUUUAUUCUGAAAGGUACUGGAGGCUUGUUUCAUAAUUAUUUAAGUGGACAAAAUGGUGCUUAAGCAGUUUCAAAUGUUCUGCAGAUCGAUGAGAAAUAUAAGGAAUCUAUUCAGAACUACAUUUCAUUAAAUAGCCACUGGUACUUCCUUUUCUGCAAGUAUUCACCAUUUUAAUGAAGUGUAAUGGGACUGUCACUCCUUUUAUCAUUAUACAGUCUUAAAUGACAAGUGGGUAGAGAAGCACUAAUUAGGCAAAGGAUGGUUGGCUACCACUUUUUCUGUAAUAUCACUGCCACUUUAACAAUCUUCUUUUGUUAAGUUUAAGUGAGCUGUUUUAAGACAUCUAUAUUUGUGAUACAGAUUUGUGUCAAACAAUCCCCUCCUCACACACACACACCACAGAAAGCAGAAAGAAAGAGAGAGAGAGAGAGAGAGAGAGAGAGAAAGGGGGGGGGGGGUUGGGGGGGAAGAGAGAGAUGAGCUUCCUGUAUGAAACAGUUUUCACAGUUCUCCCAACAUUCACAUUGAAAGCAUUGUUGUGCAGUUGAAGGAUUUGUAUAAUUCCUUAUAUUUGUAAGUAAGUGAACAAUAUUUUUCUUUUCAUGUGAGACUUUCUCAAAGUUCUUCAUUAAACCAACCUCCUGCUAUUAAAUCCAUGACAAUGUUUGGCUGUUUGAAACAGUUUUCCCAAAAUUGAAAUUAUGAGCGUCGUUGUGCAUUUGAAAUAUUAUAUACUUCCUAUUAUUCAUUGCUAAGUGAAACAUUAUUUUUCUUUGAAGUGAGACUUUCUCAGGAUAUUGCAUGAAGCCAGCCUUCUUCUAUUAAAUCCAUGACAGUGUUUUUGUAUUGUAAAUGAAUGGAUAAAAUUUAUAUUUGUUUGCUAGAAUCUGGUUGAAGAAAUAAUUAUCUUUUUAUGGUUUAGCCUUUAAUAUUUAUUGUAUAAUGAUAUGUCAAAAGCAUUUAUUUUUGUAAACAUUUUCUUGUAACUGGAAUGUAUUUAUGCCAUUGUUAUGUUAAAGUUUUCAUUUUGUUGCAUAUAUUUACAACUGCAUAUGUUUUCAUAACAUUUCUAAUAAACAGAAAUAUUAUCUGAAACUUAAUAAUUUUUCCAUACUUCUUAUUUGGAAUAGAAUAUAUCUGUUGACAUAUUUACUCAAAGACCAAGGAUGUAUCUGGUAUACAAUGCAGGUUUUCAAACUGACCACAUUGGAAAUAGGGAGUAGUUCUUGGGAAGACAAAUGCGAUUUUGGGUUGAGCCUCCGCGGAUUAGAAAAUUUUCUCGUAAAUUCAUUCACCCCUUUCUUCCUUUUGCAAAUAGGUAUGAACUGUAGUGCCAAAUGCUAAAAGUUGUUAAUGAAACAUUACAGUAAAUAAACAAACAUCAUCUGGAUCACAGCUUUUUAUUUACAGACAACCCGUUUCAAUCUGUGCUGCAGACCAUCUUCAAGUAUGGUGCCGCUAAGUGCAGUAUGUUAGUGUUGAUAAAUAGCACUUUACUGCGCCAGACCUGAAGAUGAUCUUAAUUGACGAUUAAAACCGGCUGUUGGUAAAUAAAAAGUUGUGAUCCAGAUGGUGUUUGUUUCACACAUUGUUGACAAACUGCACUUUGCAGUGCCAGACCUGAAUAUGAUG